AUGUUUAAACACAAUUUGGCGCUGCUUGUCGCAGCGCUAGUCCCUUUUGCAAAGGCCCAGAACGAGACAGCUGAGGCGGCUGUAUCAUUCCUCUUCCCUGAUUACUGUUGCACCGUUCUCUCCUUGAGCCCCCUUAGAGAGCGCCUCCUCUUUCCCGGCCAAUCCGCCUUCGAGUCUCGCGUCCACUCUUACUUCGACAUCAAGCAGCAAUCCUUGACACCGAAUUGCCUGGUACAACCAAGAGACACCAAGGAAGUUGCUCUUACUGUCAAGAUCUUGACUACCGCUAGUAUUUUGAAGCCGUGCAAGUUCGCUAUCCGCAGCGGUGGGCAUACUCCUUAUGCCGGCGCCUCCAAUAUCGAGGAUGGCGUAACAGUGGAUUUACAGUACCUCAGCGCAGUCCAAUACGACGCAAAGAAUAACCUUGUUAAGGUUGGACCAGGUGCAAGGUGGAAUGACGUGUUCACUACCCUGGAGCCCCUAGGCGUCAUUACGACUGGUGGACGUUCCUCGACCGUAGGUGUGGGUGGUCUUACCCUCGGCGGUGGCAUCAGUUACUUUUCCCCAGAACACGGUCUAAUCUGUGAUAACGUUCUCGAGUUCGAAGUCGUACUUGCCGAUGGCCGCAUCGUCACCGCUAGCAAAACACAGAAUCCCGAUCUCUUCACCGUGCUCAAAGGCGGCAACAACAACUUCGGUAUCGUAACCAACUUCAAAUUCGGAACGUUCAAAUACGACGGCAUGUGGGGUGGCCUAGUCGCCUACCCUGAGUCCACCAUCCAGGACCAAUUCAAAGCACUCAUCAACUUUUCGAACAACAUCGACAAGAACCUCAAAGCCGCCGCUAUUGUGAUGCCGGUAUAUCAGAGCGCUGUCGGAAGUAAUCUGAUUCUGAAUACUUAUGAUUAUGCUGAGCCCGUGCCGAGGCCUGCUGCAUACAACGAAUUCUUCGCCAUUCCUGGUAACGUAUCAGACACCACUGGGCUCAGAAACAUGUCUUCAUUGGCGGUAGAGUUAAAGGGUGCGACUACUCAUAGCGUAUACUUUGGGACACUCACUUUCGCAAAUGACUUGCGCGUCAUGACCGAAGCCCACAAUAUUUUCAAGGACGUGUUGGCAAACCUGAAGGCAAAGGCUACCGGUGACUGGGGGAUUUACGUGCUAUACCAGCCCCUUCCCCCAGCGUACACGAGAAAUAGCGCCGCAAAGGGUGGAAAUGUUCUCGGAUUUGAGCGUUUCAAGGAUCAGGUCCUGUGUCUCUACCAGCCGUACAUCUCCUGGCAGGGAGCCCAACAAGAUGCGCUCUUCCAAGGUGCUGGUGCGGACCUCAUCAACAGGAUUCGCGCAUAUGCCGAAAGCAUUGGUGCCGACAACCCAUACCUGUAUCUUGAUUACGCGGAUAAGACACAAGACCCACUAAAGAGUUAUGGCCCAGAGAACGUCCAGAAGAUGAAGGCGGCAGCGAAGAAGUACGAUCCCCAUGGUGUCUUCCAGAACCUUGUGCCUGGUGGUUUUAAAAUCUCCAAAGUCCAGUAG